AUGAUUAAAUCCACCAACUCAAUAUAUCAGCUGGAUUACCCAGCAAAGUCAACGCUUACGCCUAUUCGCGAUAGUAGGGAAGCCUUUUUUCCUAAUAGGGGGUCAAGCGCAUACAAGAAUGGGUCACAGCUUCGAGAAACCUUACCCUUUAAUCCUUACGCAAAGUCCAUGUGGACAAGCGAAUGUCAUUACAAAGCCAGCGCGAAAUAUCCAGUAGCUGCGAAAACUCAUAGCAUUCACACUAAGCCCCCAAAAUCACGGGGCUUUCAACGGUCGGCCUCCAUACUGAUAUCUUCAACGGAACCUCUCAACUUGGACUUUGAAAAAGCUCCAACAAAGCCGGCUUCUACUUCCGAGUUUGUAGGAAAGAAAUUCUUUGAUGCAUUUUACGACUUUCUGGGACGAGAGGAGGAUUAUGCAUAUAUGACUGAUAUGCUCAACAUGAUUUAUCGAAAGGAGCUGCACCACAAGAAGGCAAGCGGAAAACUUAUGGCGCAGAGCUCUAACGAAGAAAUUCUGUUAUUUGGAAACAUGGAUACAAUAUCUCAGCUCAGCCGAAUUCUUGUAAAAUCCCUACGAAAUUAUGUGUCAUCAUGCUGUAAAUCAGGAACUGCAUGCGCAAGGUGGUCAGGGCCUGACGCAAGUUUUGAAAUUCCCGAAUCUUUCGCUGAACAUUUUGAUCCAGCUGAGUUUUUUGAAUCGCACUUAAGCAAAAUCAGAUCCACCUACAGUACUUACUUUUUGAGCCACCGGAGACAGCUUGAGUUGCUCGAGCAUCUCAAAAAGACGAAAUCCACGCUGUUCUAUAGAUGGUAUGAGAGCUGUCUAGACAAAGCCGACCUCGUGAAGAUCGAGGACAUAAUAGCAGCUCCUGUCAAACGACUAGGAGAGUUUUACAAAGACAUACUGAACAUUAUCAGAGAGGGAGAAGAUUUUCUGUCGGGCAGUGCAUUGGAAAAGUUAAGAAUGUUCGCCGACAAGUUUCAUUCUUUCUUAAGCACUGCCGAAACACUCUUGGAUGAGGGGGCAGUUGCGAAAGAGCAAGCGCCUUUUGAUUCUCGAUCUUCAAACAUCAGUAACCACCUCACAGUGCCCUUGGAGGGCAAUUCGUGUAGGUCGAGUGAGACCCAUCUCUCUCUUUCCUCCAGUAGGUACUCUGAUCACCUCAGUGUUGGUGAUAUGGAUGCUGCGGUUAUAUCCAGCCAUGUAAAAUUAAAUGAGGCAGAAAAUGAGGAUCCAACUCUCGCGGACUACAUAAGCCGAUUCAAACAAGUUGGAAAACAUAUGGAAAAACUGGAGAAAGAGCUAAGCGAUCUCGAUAUUGCGGCAAUCCUUGACCAAAACAUGAGGCAAGCCGAAGAGUGGCGAAAAAUAUUUGAGUUUGAGCCACUAAGCCAGCUUUUGACUGAACAGCCCAAUGUGGAGUCUAUCUACACGAUUUACAUCAAUAAAUUGCACCAGCAGCGACAAGAAGUGAUGCUAACAAAGUUAGGAGAUUUACAAGAGAAAGUCAUAGCUCCUUUGACUCUAGCCAAGCAAAGUUCUAAAAUGAUACAAUCUAAGAUUCAGGACCUGAAGGAGCUGAAAAAGGAUUACAUGUCGUUUUUGGGGUCGAAAGACGCACGCAGCAUUAAAUUCAAACUGAUCGCAAACCAUUUCCAAAGCACUCAAAGGGAGCUUUUGGACGGCAUCCCCAAGUACCUGGAUUUGAUCUCUCAGUUCACAAUAUUAUUGAUGCGGUCCUACAAUCAAAUCAUGAUGAAAUACAUGGAGAUUCUGAGCGGCGGAAAACGCUUGUUGACGCGGGAAUUGCAAAUGCUUGAAAAAGGCGAAAGAGAACAGGGUGACAACUUCGACAUUCUACAGUCCUUUGCGUCCUCGAGAUUUUACACGAAACAACUAAUUCAUGAAAAUUGGAACUGUCAUGGUAGAGCUGUAGAGAGUAGGGUUGUCCGAAAGCUGUUUGAGAUAUAA